AUGAACCAUACACCCACAGCAGCUCCUCCAUCAAUGACUGACGUAGUAGAGACUCACGAACUUCCUACAGUGGUUGUCACUCUACCCAUACAUUUGCUCACUUCUAUAUUCAUUGCUGUCUUCAUGAUUAGCAUAAUGUCAACAAAGCAUAUGCGUAGCCGGGUUCAGUGGCUUUUCGGUAUCAGCUGCACCUUUUUCCUGAUCGCUUCACUGUACGAUGUUGCCAUUGAUGUGGCCUAUUUGGUGAUUUCGAAAAGACCGGUCACUGUUCAAACAUGUUCUGUAAUCAGAAACUUCGUCUACAAUCCCGUCGCUACGCAGACUCUUGUAGACGCUUCUGAUCGUUUUGCACUAGCAUUUUUCAAUUUUGAGAUGUCUCUGAUCUCAAUGUUCGCAUUCUACAGUAUAUUCCCCUUGAUUUGCAUAGCAUUAGCCGUUUACAACAGAUUCAUCUCGCAAGAGUUAACGCACACCGAUGACGUUUGUACGACCAUUCGACGUGCACCAUGGACCAAUAGUGUACUUCUCUCUAUUCAAUGGUAA